UGCUCUUCAGCGUCUGAAGGUUUGUUGUUCGCUACAAGUUCAUCAUACAUAGCCGUGGUUGCUAUUGAUUUUGGGACCACAUACAGUGGUUUUGCUUUUGCUUUCAACCACAAGAAGGGAGAAGGAGGCAUUCAUAUGAACAGAGCCUGGGGACAUGACCAGGGAACUGCUACCCUUAAAACACCUACCUCUCUGCUUCUUCACCCUGAUGGUAACUUUGAUUCCUUCGGAUACGAAGCGGAAGAAAAGUACGCCAACUUCUUUAAUGGUGAAGAUCGAGAUUAUCUUUACUUCAAACAUUUCAAAAUGGCACUACACAAGUCAGAGGUACAGUUCAUUCAUUCGUCUUUUUUUUUCUUCCUUUUUUUUUUGCCACGCCUGAAGCGAAACUUCCAUAGGCGGACUGUCUAUCACUAACUCUCAUCUUGAAAUCAACUCGAAACACCUAUAAAACUAAUUCAUAACGAAUAGUCAUAGAAGGAAGUAAAAGGUUAAAUUACUGCUGAUUGUCUCGACAAACAUCGUAAAAAGAACAAGCAUGGGAGUAUGCGGUUGCUGAAGAGGAACCCUAGCGAUCAAAGCCGAGAGAUUUUGGGUUUUUUAUAAGUUCUCCGCUGAAGUUAAUUCGCAUCAAAAGUAUUAGACAUGAUCUUUGUAAAUUUGUCUUCUCCUAUUACAGACAUUAGACAGAAAUACAAAGCUGACAGCUCGAAAUGGAAAAAAAAUUGAUGCUUUGGUUGUUUUUGCCCACUCAUUGAGGUAUCUCAAAGAUCGAGCUAUCGAAAUCAUUCGCGAGAGAACUGGAGACGAAAAGUAUAAUGAAAAGGACAUUCGGUGGGUCAUAACAGUGCCUGCCAUUUGGAGACCCGCUGCCAAGCAAUUCAUGAGAGAAGCUGCAUGUAAGGUAAUUGUAGAGAAGUUAAAUUUGUUUGUCCCCCCCCCACGCCCUUACGAUGAGUUAAGAGGUGAAAAUGAAAUAAGGAAAGGAAAUACAGGACGAGCUAGAAUACAGGUCACUCUGAUGCUGUCAGUUAGUAAACAUGAAUGCGUUAUCACAAAUGUGAAAGUUUUGUUUUUUCUCCUUGGAGGUGUUCGCAAAAAUCGAGAAAUUUAAGUUUGAGAUUAAUCAGUGUUUUCUUAACGAAACUUUUUUUUGUCUUCAAUAACUGUUUCUUUUUUCUUCUACUUUGGAAGGCGGAGAUGGUAUCAAAUAAGAACCCUGAACAACUGCUUAUCGCCUUGGAACCAGAAGCAGCCUCUAUACACUGCAGAGAAAUGAAGAUGAGAGAAUUCGCCAAUGAGAAAGGGGAUGCCACUGCAUCUGACGUCUUUGCUCGACCUGGGUCAAAAUAUCUUGUUAUUGAUAUCGGAGGCAAGAUUGAACUUUCAGAAAAAUGGACCGUUUUGACGAUGUCACACUAUAGAAUAUCAAAACCUUUUCUUAUUUUUAAUGGGGAAACAGUAGUGUCUCCUCUAAAUCAUUUAAAAACUUCCAUUUGUUUGUAAAGACCCAAGGUAAUUUUUCGCAAUAUGUGGCAAACUUGUAAUGGUAAUUGAACUGAGUGGAGUAGUAGGACAUCGUCGUAACUCAUUUGAUACUGACCAAAGCGAAUAGGCUCAUAGCUUGUGGUUAUAACCUUCUUUCUCAAACGGAGUCAAACGAAAACGACGCUGAAAUUUUUAAUAAAUUUAGAAAAUUCGUCGGCUAAGAACGGAUCAUUUUAUAGUCAAUAAUGUAAAAGGCUGUUGAAUUCCCAGGUAGGCGAUAAUGUUAAUGACACAAGGUCUUUACUAUCAAAAAUAGAAAGAAGCAAACAGCCAUGGACAGCUGUUUUAGCUUUAAUGGGCUCCAUCAGCAUCAAGCAUUAUCAGUCCAAAUAUACUAAAUGUGAUCGAUCGAGCUCGUAAUGCGUUUUAUGUUUGACUCGUGCAAUAUGAAUGUAGGGGCUGAAGCUGUUAAUUAACUAGUGUUAUAUCUGUUAAUCUUUGAUAAAGGCGGAACUCUUGACGUCACAGCUCAUGAAAUAUUAAUGAAUGGAAACAUUAAAGAAAUCCAUCAGGUGACCGGAGGACCUUAUGGUGGAACUAAAGUUGACGAGGAGUUCGUGUCCCUACUUGAGAGGUUUUUUGGAACUUAUCAAGUGAAAAACUUCCGUGAAAACCAACCAGCAGAAUGGCUUGAGAUGAUGAAUGAAUUUGAGAUGAAGAAGCGAGGGCGCCGAGCUUACGAGGGUGAAACAACCAGAAUUCGCCUUCCUCGUACUUUUACAGCACUGGUUUCAGAGCAAGGUGGGCCUGAUCUGGUGAGACGAUUUGCAAGUUCCUGUACAACUGACGAUGUCCAAUUCGUCAGAAAUGAAUACUUCUGUAUAGGACCAGCGACCAUGAAAAAAUUGUUUGAACCGGUUCUGAAAGGAAUAGUGAAGCACCUGAGCAAUCUUCUUAAGCAUCGUGAGCUCCGUGGGCUGCAAUUUUUCUUCCUUGUUGGAGGUUUCGCCGAGUCAGCGAUACUUCAGGAUGCAAUAAAGAAAAACUUUCAGCGAAGGUAAGGUAAAGUUAACGUAAACGUGUGAACGGCUUGAAGUUUUGGACAGGAGAAUCUUAACCUAGGUCGCAUUAUCAGAACCAAACGCACCGAGAUGUGUUUCGACGUCCGAAUUUUUUCGGCGCGAAGGGUCGUGGUCAAAGUACGUAGUUGCAAGCUAUCCUAAAAUUAAUCAAAUCGAAAGGGUACUUUUGUAACAAAAAGAUAUAAGUGGCGUGGUUAAAUUGGAAUUGACCUUUCAUGUAAACAUGUAAAAUGACUGUCAUCUUUGAUAUUUUUUCUCUGAUCACAGAUGCAGAAUUUUAGUUCCAAGCAACGCUGGCAUUGCAGUUGUUCAAGGUGCAGUUAUGUUUGGCCAAACACCUGACAUUGUCGACUCCAGAAUAAUGUCUACGACUUACGGCUUCGAUACGUACCGCCCGUUUAACCCCAGUCUUCACCCAAUUGACAAGCAACACUUUGUUGACGGCGUAGCCUACUGUAAAGAUUGCUUUGUGGUUCUUGUUAGAGAGAAUGACGUUGUGAGGACAGGUGAAAAGAAAGUCUUCGCUGAUUACAGGCCAUUGGAAGGAAGUCAAACAGCAGCUGGUUUCAGUUUUUUCACCUCGACCAAUCCUGACGCCAAAUACUCAACAGACGCUUCAGUUAGCAAAUCCAUUGGGGAGGUUGUCGUAAAAUCACCUGACGUUACAAAAGGAACCAACCGAAUGAUUGACUUGGCGAUAGAGUUUGGCGGAACUGAGAUUAAGGCCACUGCAAUAGACAAGAGCAGUGGGAACACUGCCACGGUAUAUCUUGACUUCCUGUGCAAUAAGGACUAA